AUGGACGGUGUCUCCGUCGCCAGCGGCGUGGCGGGCCUCAUCAGUCUGGCCUUGCAAGUGAGUCAGACGGUAGUGGUCUAUCUCAACUCUAUCAAGGAGCGGUCCAAGAAUAUUAAAGAACUGCAUGAUGAACUUAUAUUACUUGGAGAAGUCCUCAGCGGACUGCGCAAGCUUUUGCUCAGCGAAAGGGGUAAGCAAAGCACGUUCGGGUCCAACUCUGUGUUGCAAAAGGCCCUGCUGGACUGUCGGGACAGGAUAGAACGUAUUGGAGAUAGGUUGCAAACCUCUGAUGGUGGGAAAGUUGCCCGGACCUUGGAAAAGCUCAGGUGGCCUUUCGAACAGAAGGAAGUAAUGGAGAUGGCCGAAAACCUGCGACGCUACACUCAAACGUUCCAGUUCGCUCUCACCAUUGAAGGCUGCAAUCUACUGUCCAAGACAUCUGAAGAUGCGACGAAGGGCUUGAAGGCCAUGCUGGAUGAGUCGAGGAAAAUUCAAGAGUGGUCAAAUCGAAUCGGCCUUUCUACAGAAGAAGUAUCAAAACGAGCCGCCCAACUUGAGCAAAUCCUUACGCUCGUACCCAUGCUUGCCAGAACUGCCACGGAUGUAACUGAGAUUGCCCAGGCUACCCGCCUAGCAGCACUGAGGGAACAGGAGAGGAGGACUAGCGACAUACUGGACUGGCUGGCGCCAAUUACAUCGCUUCACAAACACCGUGACCUACAAGUCAGGCGAGCCAAGGGCACUGGAAGGUGGUUCCUGGAGCACCCUCACUUCUUGAAAUGGGCUGAAGAGAGCUCGGCUGAACAUGACCUCCUUUGCAUCGGUGGCCCAGGAACUGGGAAAUCGGUGCUCUGCUCUCUUGUGAUUGAUCAUCUCCGUGCACAGUUCAAGGGGCGAGAUGUUGCCGUGGCCUUUUAUUACUACGAUUACUCCGAGCAGCAAACCCAAAACCCUUCUCACUUCGCCAGAUCAGUCCUCCGCCAACUAUGCUCCAAUGCUAGUGCCAUCCCCUCCGUGGUGGCCGAGUUCUAUCAACGGACCAGGAACGAUAUCAAGGAUCAGACUUGGUUUCAUGACUUGCUCACAGUACUGCGUUCCGUGGUUGCGAUGUACAAGUCUUGCUUCAUUGUGGUCGAUGCACUUGAUGAAGCCGACAUCCAGAGCCAGCGUUCCGGGUUCUUCGAAGUCAUCGACGCGGCCAGAAUACCGUCAAACGGCAAAGUGCAAGUGUUGGCUACGCUGAGACCCCAUGUACUCAAUAUUAGAGGCAGGUUCCAUGAUCCUCUGGUUAUAAAUAUCCGAGCGGACCCUGGCGACCUUCGUGGGUUCCUGGAGCGAACAAUAGACGACCAUCCGGAUCUCGAAUACCCUAUGGACGAUGAGCUGAAAGAGCAGAUUCUCACGACAUUGUCUGACAACGCGAACGGCCUGUUUUUGCUCCCUGCCCUUCAGAUUCGGAUCAUACUGGAUCAGAUCACCAUAGCUGAAGUAAGGAAUACCUUACGCCAUCUGUCCAUGAGUCUGACAGAAGCAUUCCAAUCGACUAUAAACAGAAUAUCCAAUCUUUACAGCACCAGACGAGAUCUGGCGUCUCGGACGCUGAUGUGGAUAUCUCACGCCCGAAGACCUUUGACCGUUGCAGAACUGCAACAUGCCAUGGCUCUACGACUUGAGGACAGGGAUCUCGACAGGGACAACUUCCCUUCACUUAGGACUGUUGUCGAUUGUUGUUGCGGCCUCAUUGAAGUCGAUCAUGAGAGCUCCCUUGUGCGUCUAGUCCAUCACUCUUUAGAGGAAUAUCUACGCGACCAAGAUCAUGGCCUCUUCAGAGAUGCCAAUCUUCACAUAACCCAACUUUGCCUCAGAUACCUGGCUUUCGAGUCUCUCAAACCAUUGCCAUUCAAAAGUCGCUCCGAUUUUGUAGCUGCGGUGGAGGAUUUUCCACUUCUGCGGUAUGCAGCUCUCGAAUGGGGCCAUCACGCCAAAGGGGUCUCGGUCGAAGACAUCAAAGCAUUGGCUAUACCUUUGCUUUCUGAUAGUCUCUCUUUGAUCACAAUCGCCAGAGUUCGCGAUUAUCGUAAGGCUUUUCCAAAUUGGAAGCCUCAGACAUGGGCGUGGGCCUACUCCGGUUCUGCUGGCAUCUCGAUAUCUACGGCCUUUGGACUCUUUGAUCUGCUUAAGAUUUUGAUCGAGCAGAAUAAAGAGACCCUGCGGCUAGAUGUUCGGAACCCUCCCGGUAAUACUCCGCUCCAUGAAGCCGCCCUCCACGGGCACGAAGCUGUUGCCGAACUAUUACUGGAGCACCGCGCGAACCUCCUCGCCAGGAACUACAGCCAGAGUACUCCGAUGUUUCUGGCUGUCUCAUAUGGCCAAUUGUCCAUGGUAAGACUACUUCUCCGGCACGACCGGCAACAACUAGAUUGUGAGGGGCCCAAACGCUUCACAGCACUGCACAAGGCUGUUGAGCAAGGCAACGAUGAGAUGGUGACGGUCCUUUUACAAGCCGGGGCAUUGGUAGCCGCUCGCGAUAUCCAAGGCAUGACGGCCUUACAUCACGCUGCGCUGCGUGGACAUCUCGCCGUCGCAAGACUCCUUGUCCUCGCAGGAGCCCAGGUGCAUGUACCGGACAAGGAAGGGUUAUGCCCUCUCGACUAUGCUGCAACAGGAGGAUAUACUGAGCUUGUCGAGUAUCUUCUGCAAAACGGGGCCAGCAUAUCAAACAAAGGGAGAACUGCCUGGACGCCGCUUCACCGUGCAGCAAGAGGAGGACAUACGGAUACAGUUGCCUUCUUUCUCGAACGGGAUGCCAACCCGCUCGCCGUGGAUAUCAGUGGAAACACUCCCCUUCACCUUGCUGUACGGUCUGGACAGAUGGCCACGGUCAAGCAAUUCCUCGAGCACAAUCCCGAAUUGAAACGGCGGCAGCUUUUCGCAUGUGACCGUAAAGGCUCGACACCGCGGGUUGUCGCCUUUUACACGGCUCACUACGACAUCCACAAAUAUCUCCGAGCUGCGGAGUGGGAUAUUCUGGGCUACACGCCAAACAAUGCUAACAUGCUGACCAGGGCGAUCGAGACCGGCGACAUCGAAGCUGUGCGUUCUCAUUUGGAUGAGCACGCUGACGCUUUGACCACGCCGGAUGAAGAUGGACAGCCACCGCUGCACGUGGCGCUCCAAGAGGGGCGCCGAGAUAUUGUCGAGCUACUCCUCCAGUGCGGUGCGUCAAUCGAAACAGCGGGCUACCAUGGGUGGCGUCCUUUACAUAUCGCCGCUUCACUGGGGAAUCUAGAGUUGGUGGACCUAUGCCUCGCUCACAAUGCCAGCAUCGAGACACGCACCAGCACCAGCCAGACGCCCCUGCACAAAGCAGCCUCGAGCCACUCUGUCGCCGUGAUGCGCCGACUCCUCGAUGCCGGAGCCGAUCCGUCGGCGCAGAACGACCGCGGCAUGACGGCGUUGCAUGUCGCCGCACACCAGAACGACAUCGACAUCGCGCGCCUCCUAGUGUUGGAGUCCGGGGUGGACAUGCUGGUCCGAGAUCGCCAGGGGCUGACACCGGCGCUGUGGGCGGAAAGGUCGGCGCAUCUCGAGGUGCUUGCGUUUCUGCGUGUCGCCAUGAAGAAAGCCGAGAUGUUGAGGAAGGGCGGCGUGCGCAGCAGUGUGGACUUGAAUCAGCAACCGGGCCCGAGUUUGCAGGAGCUGAUGGAUGCCCUGAGCGAGACGGAGCUGGAUGAUGUAUGA